UUUCCCUUUUGGCUUCUGGACAGUGCCAAUCGGCCUUACACACUGCAAACAGUUGCUUUUCCGUACCAUGACCAUGAGUGGCGACCAAGUCGACGAUGACCAGAUUCCCCCCAUUAACCGUCUGCCCACGGAACUUCUGGGCUCUAUAUUCAUCGCUACGCUUCCCGUCAACGGAAAACCCGUCAUAUCGACCACGAGUGUCCCACUUGUCUUGGCUGACGUCUGUCGUCAAUGGCGCGAGGUGGCUAAGGCCACCUCACAGCUUUGGGAAGAGACCGAGUUCCAUCUCUGUGACACAAAACUGCGGCACUGGUUUCCCCGUGAGCAGCAACAUCCCCAUUGGCAUCGAUUCGAAUAUAUACCCGAGGCGAGGAGGAUUGUGGUGGAGAAAGCGGUCGCCUUCACCAGAUGGAUGGAUUACGCCGGCCCUACCUCCCUCUCUUUCGGUCUCUUCUUCUACCACGACGUACUGGAUGAUAUCCUUUUCCGAAUGCUGGCCUCUGCUUUUUCGAUCGACAAUGUGGCCAAAAUCAGGGCCUACAAACCAGCUCCGAUGUCCUGCCGCUUCAAGCGUUACGUGCACCGAAUCACACCCGCGUGGUUCACGUCGCUCACGCGCUUGACCUUCCGUUGGGACGAUUUGUAUACCUGCGUUUUGGAUGGGGACCAUGACGUGGUGGGCUACUACCAACCAUCAAGGAACGACCUCAUACCGUAACUCUCUGCUCCAUUCCUCACCUCUAUCGACCUCACGUACUACGCUGAACACGCGUCACACCCUACCCUUUGGCAGUUUACCCGUCCGCAAUUGGUCCAACAUCACAGACCUCCGCAUCAAGGCCGACGGGUUUGUCCUCGCGAAAUCCCUCC